UUCCCAAAAUUACGCUCUCACCACUAACGGUCGAUUUUUACGAACUCGCGAACUCUCCUCCUCCUCCUCAUCCUCCUUCUUCUUCUUCGCAAAAGCUAUUUUAAGCUCGCUACGUUUGAAUCUCUGCAUAAAGCUGAGGUUUUUGUACGCUUUGAGAUCGGCAACAAUGGCGGUGGCGGAGGGGGGGAGUCGGAGGUUGGUGGUGGAGGUGUGCAACGCGAGGAAUCUGAUGCCCAAGGAUGGGCAGGGGACGGCGAGCGCCUACGCCAUUGUCGACUUCGACGGGCAGAGGAGGAGGACGAAGACGAAGCUCCGGGACCUCAAUCCCCAGUGGGACGAGAAGUUCGAGUUCCUGGUCCACGACCCCGAGUCCAUGACCGGGGAAACCCUGGAGCUCAACGUGUACAACGACAAGAGGACGGGGAAGCGGAACACCUUCCUCGGCAAGGUGAAGAUCUCGGGGUCGAGCUUCGCCAAGGCCGGGUCCGAAGUCCUAAUUUACUACCCCUUGGAGAAAAGGAGCGUCUUUUCUCAGAUCAAAGGCGAGGUCGCGCUUAAGGUGUGGUAUGUGGAUGAUCCCCCUGCAACAACGGCUAGUUCGGAAGGGGGUUCGGGUUCGGAGGCGAAGCCGGAGAAAGCAGCGGCGGAGGGGAGCGAGAAGGCGACGACGGCGGCGGAGGGGGAGAAGAAGGAGAAGGGGGAAAAGAAAACAGAAGAGGCGAAAACAGAGGAGAAGAAGAGCUCUCCUGCUAAAGAGGAGAAGAAGAAUAAGUCCCCGGAGAAGCCGAAAGCGGAGGAGUCUCCGGCCUCCGAUGCUGCCGCCGCGGAGAAAUCGAAGCCGAAGGAGGAGGAGGAGAAGCAAAAGGCGACUAACGCGGCGGCUUCCCCUGCUAAGGAAACACAGCCAGCCGGAUUCUCCGGCGACCUCGAGAUCCGGCCGAGCGCCGCCGUCGCCGACCGGACCACCACCGGCGGCGGCGGCGGCUCCUACGACCUCGUGGAUCGCGUCCCCUACCUCUUCGUCCGCCUCCUCAAGGCGAAGCGCUCCGGCGCGGACGCCGAGAAGCGGCCGGCCCACGCGAAGAUCGCGAUCGGCAGCCACAGCGUCCGCACGCGGCCGGCCAAAGGCGGGGACUGGCACCAGGUGUUCGCCUUCCACAAGGCGAGCCUCAAUUCGACGGCACUGGAGGUGUCCGUCUACGAGGAGACGCCGCAGCCGCCGCCGUCGUCGGAGGGCGACAAGCCGGCCGCCGCCGCCGCCGCCGCCGCCGACACGAGCCUCGGAUCCGUCUCCUUCGACCUCCAGGAGAUCCCCAAGCGCGUCGCGCCCGACAGCCCCCUCGCUCCGCAGUGGUACACUCUCGACGGCCCCGACGAGGCCGCCGCCUGCGACGUGAUGCUCGCCGUGUGGAUAGGGACGCAGGCCGACGAGGCGUUCCAGGAGGCGUGGCAAUCGGACUCCGGCGGCCUCGUCGUCCACACGCGCUCGAAGGCUUAUCUCUCGCCGAAGCUGUGGUAUCUGCGGCUCACCGUGAUCCAGACGCAGGACUUGAGGCUGCCGCCGCUUCCGGAUUCGAAGGCCCGCCCGGCCGGCUCGGUCGGCCCGGAGCUGCACAUCAAGGCCCAGCUCGGCGGGCAGGUGUUCAAGACCAACCGGGUGGCGCCCGGCGCCAGCACCAACCCGAGCUGGAACGAGGACCUGCUCUUCGUGGCCGCGGAGCCGUUCGAUCCGUAUCUGACGAUCUCCGUCGAGGACGCGUCAUCGUCGUCGUCGGCAGCGGGAGCUCCGGCGGUGGUGGGGCAGGCGAGGGUGCCGCUCUCGACGGUGCACCGCCGGCUAGACGACCGGGCCGAGCCGCCCUCGCGCUGGCUCAACCUGGCCGGCGGGGACGAGGCGCGGCCCUACGCGGGGCGGGUGCACGUGCGGGUGUGCCUGGAGGGCGGGUACCACGUGCUGGACGAGGCGGCGCACGUGGCCAGCGACGUGCGCGCGGCGUCGAAGCAGCUGUCGAAGCCGCCCGUGGGGCUGCUGGAGGUCGGCGUCCGGGGCGCCGCCAACCUCGUGCCCAUGAAGCUCGCCAAGGACGGCUCCGGCGGGUCCACGGACGCGUACGUCGUGCUCAAGUACGGGCCCAAGUGGGCGCGAACCCGAACAAUCCUGGACCAGUUCAAUCCCCGGUGGAACGAGCAGUACGCCUGGGACGUGUUCGACCCCUGCACCGUGCUCACCAUCGGCGUCUUCGACAACGUCCGGUUCAAGCAGGCGGAGCCGGGAACCAAGGACGCGAGGAUCGGAAAGGUCCGGAUUCGGCUGUCGACGCUGGACACCAACCGGGUGUACGCGAACACGUACCCGCUCACGGCGGUGCACCCGUCGGGGGUGAAGAAGAUGGGGGAGAUCGAGCUGGCGAUCCGGUUCAGCUGCCCGUCGUGGCUGAACCUGCUGCAGGCCUACACGACCCCUCUGCUGCCGAGAAUGCACUACGUGCGCCCGCUGGGGCCGGCGCAGCAGGACGUGCUGCGGCACACCGCCAUGCGCGCCGUCUCGGCCCGGCUCGCCCGCUCCGAGCCGCCGCUGGGCCCGGAGGUGGUCCAGUACCUGCUCGACACCGACGCGCACGUCUGGAGCAUGCGGCGGAGCAAGGCCAACUGGUUCCGCGUCGUCGGGAGCCUCUCCGGAUUGGCGAAUGUGGCCCGGUGGGCGCACGGCGUCCGCACGUGGGCGCACCCGCCCACGACGGUGCUCGUGCACGCGCUGCUCGUCGCGGUGAUCCUCUGUCCCCACAUGAUCCUCCCCACGCUGUCCCUUUACCUGUUCUUGGUCGUCGUCUGGAGGUACCGGGCGCGGCCCCGGGAGCCCGCGGGGAUGGACCCGAAGCUGUCCCACACGGACGGCGUCGCGCCCGACGAGCUCGACGAGGAGUUCGACGGGUUCCCGUCGAGCCGGGCGGCCGACGUGGUGCGGAUGCGGUACGACCGGCUGCGGGCGCUGGCGGGGCGCGCGCAGACGCUGCUGGGGGACGUGGCGGCUCAGGGGGAGAGGGUGGCGGCGCUUAUGAGCUGGCGGGACCCGCGCGCCACCGGGAUCUUCGCCGUGCUCUGCUUGCUGGCCUCGCUCGUGUUCUACGUCGUGCCCUUCAAACUGCUGGUGCUAGUGAUGGGAUUCUAUUAUCUGCGGCACCCGCGGUUUCGGGACGACAUGCCGUCGGCGUCGUUCAACUUUUUCCGGCGGCUGCCGUCGCUGUCCGACCGGAUUUUGUAGGCAUUAUUUAAUUGUUGUGUGUGGCUCUGAAUAAUUAUUUAUUAUUUUGGUGGGGUAAUUGUAUUUUGUAUCUAUCUUUUUGAUGUGCUUAGUAGUGCAUAAUAUUUAA